AUGGCACCUGUUAAGGCGACGCGAAAGCGCAAGUCGAAUCAUUCAGUAAGCCCUAUCGGUGACAAGAUCUCCAUGAUGAAGCAUAGCCCGCACCGAAGUCCUAUUAAGAGGCGAAAGCUAGGCCUCACGCUUCAGCAGAAGCAGGCCAUCAUUGACAACUGCCGGCUGGAAGUCACUGAACGUGCUCGACGACUACGAGCCCAAUAUAAUGUGCAGGCGCAACAACUACGAUCACGCGUCGAGAUGCGCGUCAACCGAAUUCCGACUGCUCUACGCAAGAUGAAGAUGGGAGAACUCCUGGCCAAAUCCCUACAGCCACAACAACCCCCUCGCCCUCCUAAACCAACCAAGUCAACGUAUGUAGCUCCGCCAGUUCCACCUAAGGACGGCAAAUUACCCCAGCCUGUUACCCGCAAGCCAGUUCCCGCACGCGAAGCAGCAGUCGGACGAAAGCGCUUGAGUACGGAGAUUUCAUCCGAUAAGGAGAAUCGAAGCAAUGCUGUUGAGAACCCCAAGAAGAGACUUCGUGGUGUCCCUGCUAAGGAGCCCGUACCCAUUCAACCGGCUAACAUCCUGUCGCCUACGUCUUCAAACACCAAUACUCGAGCUGUCCCCCGCCAACGCCCUGCAUCGCCUACGAAGCCAAUGAUAAGUAGACCCGCAUCCCCUACAAAGGGCCCGCCCCCUAAGGCCCCGUCGAACCUCUUGUCGGGUAUGGCAGAUAAGGUCAGAGGAACUCGGCCUGCAGCGGGCGCACGCAAGGCUACAAACACAUCUACGACAAGUUCGAACAACGGCCCAGCUACCACCCGCACGCGACAAGCUGCGGCAGUUUCUCGUCCACCAACUGCCGCCUCUACGCGUGGUCGGCGCAAGGCCAGUGCUGCAAGUGAGACAAGCAACGGAAGCGCAACAACUGUUGUCAAGAAGACAACUGCGUCAAGAGCUGCUAAGACCACUGCUCCUCCGGCUAAGCGAACAGUGAUGAGCACAAUCAAGUCAGCUACUACUAAGAAGCCUCCAGCGUCCAAAGCUACAACUGCACCCACAGGUACAGGCACUGGAAGAACGCUGAGAAAGAGAGCAUAA